AUGUAUGAAAUGCAGAGUUUUAAGAAUAAUAUGAUAUGGAAGAAAAAUGGACUAAUCAUCACCAUAAGAAUAUUUACAUUCAUUAGAAAGAUGUUGGCGAAUCUACAUUCAUAUCAAUUUAGAAAGCUCACUCAUCAAAAUUUUAAAGCCUUGAAUGAUCAAUCUGCAUAUUACCGAUUCUACGCAAAUCAGAAUUAUGUUAAUAGUAACUUGACAUAUAUGGACAAAAUAAGAUACUGGUUCAAUGCUAAUAACUUUCUAAAUAAAAUAAAGACUGGCUACAAAUAUACAUUAUUUAGUCACACAAUAAAUCCUAAUAACAGUUUCAAACUAAUUUUUGAUUUCAUCCUUUCAAUAAUGCUAAUCAUCAAUGUGACGUAUUUGCCUAUGAAUAUGAGUUUCAAUAUAGAAUGGCCAGAAGCAGAAGUAAUAUUAUUGAUGUUACCAGAUUAUUUAUUUCUCAUUCAUAUAAUACUUCAAUUCAACACAGCAUAUUAUGACUCUGGAGUAUUGAAGUCUUAAAGAAAAGAAAUAGCAAAACAUUACUUAAAAAAUAGUUGCAUUUUAGAUUGUCUGAGUAUGGUCCCUCUGAUCUUCAAUUUUGAUCAAAGUUACUUUAUGAACUUCUUCAUAUUGCUUAGAUUGAAUGCAUUAGUGGACAUAUUACUAUUUUUUGAGGAAAAUUACAAUAUGCGUAAAAACUAUGGGACCUACAUUGACGUCAUUAAAUUAAUGAGUAUAUUUCUAUAUUCGUCCCACAUCUUUGCUUGUCUCUUUUUCUUAAUAGCCAAAACUGAAAUAAGUGAUGGAGUCUAGAAUACUUGGAUAUAGAUCAACCAUAUACAAGACGUAUCUUGGUAAUAAUAAUAUGUUACGGCACUGUAUUGGGGUUCAGUGACUACCUUAACAAUAGGAUAUGGAGAUAUUCUACCGACCACUAAUAUAGAGAGGGCUUAUGUAAUUCUAGUGGCAUUAUUAAGUUCGAUAGUAUUUGGAUUCACCAUCUCAAACAUAGGAUAGAUUUUCAAUAAUAUCACUGAGUUGAAGAAGACUCAAAGACAUCGGAUGAGCAUGAUAACUUCGUUUAUCCAAAAGAGAGGUUUGAAUAAGGAGUUAGAGAUCAGAGUCAGGAAGUUCUUUGAGUAUUAUUUUUAAAUAGAGGAAAACAGGGAUCAGGAAUGUGAAGUCCUAAUGCAGUAAUUAACUGAAGAUUUAAGGAAGGAAGUUAAAAUAGACUUCUAUAAGAAAUACUUAAUGAAGCAACCUUUAAUUUUUAAAACCUUUAGUGAAGAGUUUAUAAAUAAGAUUUGCUUAAUCAUGCAUGAACGGCUCUUGAUCCCCGAAGAAAGGUUUCUGUUUAAAGGCGAUCAAGUGAAUGAACUAUCAUUCAUCAUAGAAGGCUAUGCGGACAUUAUCAUUGAGUUUAAUAAAAAUAAACAAAAUAAGCUCUCUCAGAUUCGCAGAUUGGAUUCAUCUUAAAGCAUUGCUAUGAAUUACUUCUUCACUUAAUCGCCGAUCCCCUAUACAAUUAAAUCGAAAACAUUCACAAGAAUAGUCUAAAUCAAUUUAUAAGAACUUCAAUAAUUAUUAGUGUCCUAUCCCAAAGAUUGGGAGAAAUUUAAAAAGUUACAACAGAGCAUAAGGUUGAAUGAAUGUCCUUUGAUAGAAUGUGAUAUUUGCAAAUAGACUCACUAAUUAGAGAAAUGCAAUGUCUUAUUUUAUACUCCCAAUUCAAAAUAGAUAAUUAAGAAGAUAUAUUAAGUUAAGUAGGAUCGCUCCAAUUUCAUCCGAGAAAACAGAAUACAAUAUCAAACCUUUAAUGACAAAUUGAGUGUCCAGGAGGGUGUACUAUCUUUUGCAGUUGACGAAAACUAUUUCUAAAAGGAAUCAAUUAAUGAAGAAUUUGUAUAGAAAUACGAUUUCGUUCGAUUGCGAAAUGCUGAAUUGAAUAUGGAAAACAGAUCAGUUAAAAUUGCGUAGUCCAAAGAAGAGCCAAAAAUAAUUAAAAGAAGAAACGGUGUCAGAGCCUCGAUCAGAUAGGUUAUUGCUGAAAGUAAUGAGUCAUCGGAUAGUGAUUCUCAGAAUCUCAUCUAGAUGUUCAAAAUACUCUCGUAUAGGUCGUCAGAAUAAAUUGAAUUCAAAAAUUAUCCAGAUUAAAUACUUUAUAAUGAAUAUUUAAAUAUCAUCAAGCCUGAUGUUGUAUCCUAUCUAGAUAAACAGAAAGAAUUUGAACAUUUUAACCCGCAGGAUAAUAUCACGAAUGUUUUACAGAGAAAUAUCGAAGUCAAUAAAAACUAUUUAAAGCUUAAAACUAAAAAGUCCAGAAGACUAAUUAAAAAAUCCACAUGGCUGGACAGCGUUAAACCUAAGAAAGUGCAAUUUUGA